AUGGCUGAAGCAGAGAGGGAGGCUACUGACAUAGUCAAGGCCAAGGCAGGGUUUGAGACAGAUGCAGUAGCAGAGAGGAAGGGAGUGUCUGAGGCUAAGUUGGCUACUGAGACGAAGGCAAGAGCCCUGUCAGAGCCUACGGCUCUGGUCAAAGGCGUGGCUGAGGCCAUGCCUAGAUCCUGGGCCAGGUCAGGGGAGGAGAUGAAUACAGACUUUGGUCCCAGGGCUGAGGAUGAGGCCGCUGUGGUAUCUGGUUUUUCUUGUGUGGCUGAGGAGAGUACUGCACCUGCGGCCAGACACAAAGAUGAGACUGAUACUGAUGCCUGGUUCUGGGCUGGGGAAGAGGCCAGUAUCGGUUCCUGGUUCUGGAACGGGGAAGAGGCUGGUGAUCAGACCAAGGCUAAGGACGGAGAGGAGGAGGAAGGGGAGGAGUGGGAGGAGGAGGAAGGGGAGGAUUGGGAGGAGGAGGAAGGGGAGGAGUGGGAGGAGGAGGAAGGGGAGGAGUGGGAGGACUACGAGGAGGAGGAGGAGGGGGAAGUCAUUAUUGGGAAGUGGUUUUGGGAUGGAGAUAAAACUAGCUUUGACCCUAAUCCUAGACCCGUGUACAGGAUAGUUAAGCCCCAGGUAACGUGUGAAAUUGAUGAAAGAAAUAGGCCCAAGGACCGGUCUGAGGUAACUAUCUGGCCCAAUGCCCCUGCUGAAAUUCCGGCAUCGUUGGCAUCUGGAUACCAGGUCCCUUCGAGGACAAGGCCUUUUUCAUAUACUGCCCACUCCUCGGCUGAGAAAAACACGGGUUCCCUGCCUGCGGCAGAAGCCGGUCUUCGUGAGGGCAUUUUCGUAUGCCUACAGUCUAUAGACGCGUACCCAUUUGAUUCUGAGACUUGCACUCGGGCCAUAGAGAAGAUUAGAGGGCAAAUCAGGAUCAGGGAGCUGAAUGGGAUUGGGCCAUUUCCUUGCUCUUGCAAAAUGGAAUGCCGCCUGAAUUCUGAGAACUUUGAAAAACUUGUUAGCUUACUUAAGUCAGAUGCUGAUCCUGUCAUUCAUAAAAUAGCUCAAAUUGCAAUGGGUGUCAUCAAGGUUCAUCCCCUUGCCCAACAGCUCAUUAAUGAGAUGGGUGUGCUGACUGUUAUUGAAAGCUUGCUCCAUUUUCAAUUCCCAGACAUGACAAGAAAGGCUGAAAUUACUCUGAAUCCCAUUUCUGCGGAGGAAAGACAACGCAGGAGUAUAUUACAUGUUGUGCAUAUGUGUAAGGAAACCGUGUCUUUUCCCUUGAGUUCACCUGGUCAGCAAUCUGGAUUAAAGGAGUUAGGGCAGCUGAGUGCUGACCCUGACCAUCACGUCAUUGUUGCUGCUUACCUUCCAGAGCUUUCCCGUAUGCUAUGCCUGGGAAAUCAUAAAACCAGAAAUCUGGUUUUGAAAGUACUUUUGAAUAUGUCUGAAAAUCCCCUUGGAGCAACCAACAUGAUGACUGUUCAGGUAUUGUCAGCAUUAAGAUUCACCUGUCACCCUAGAGAGGCAAAAGCCCACCUUAUUACUGUCGUGGCCAUAUUUGUUAAUAUAAAGGAGCAUAUCAGAAGGGGAUCGGUUGUAGUUGUUAAUCGCGUGAUGUAUAAUGAAUUCAGGGUCAUCUUCCGUGAAGUUAAAAUGAUUAUUGAAAAAUUGUAAAAUGAGCCAGAAAUAAAAGAGAAAACUUGGAACAAUCUCCAAACUUUAAUAGGCCAUAUGUUCCCAAAGAGCCUUGUGGUUAUCACCAUGUGCACAUUAUAAAUUGCAUCUUUAACGUGAUGUUAGUUGUGACAGCCUCUGGGUUUGAGCUAGAUCAUAUUUGGAUAUCAAAUGAAUAUUACCCCUUGAGCGGAAAAUACCUGUUGAUCUUUAUCCUGUCUAGUUUGGGAGACGUGUAGCAUUUUUCCGUAAGGAGAUGGUGAACCAACAUUGGAAGUAAGCUAGCUUGUUCAUUAGUAUCUACAUAGAUCCAUUUGUGGCUUCACGUGGCAAAAAACGAAAAGCAAAACCAAACAAAGCAAAAGAAAAAAAAUCCUUGAGUUUAUAGUCUAGUUGUCGAAAUAAGGCAUAUACACACAAAUAUAAGCGCCAGUACCGACAGCGUAUAUAUGCUUGUAGCCAAAUGUGCCAUCUUGAUCCUUAAAGGAAGCAGGGAUUGCUACAGUGUAGACUGUUUAAUGUAAAAGGAAUAACUAUUUUCCCUAUUCCACCUGCAUGACACAACUUACUCUACAACGUAUAAAUGGACCUGAGUCUCAGUCAAAAUGUCAUGUUAGU